GGAAUGUGGCCAGAAGCCAGGGAGGAAAAAGCCAUAGCCUACUGUACAGUAUAUACACUGCUCUACACGUCUUAAGAAGAGAUCAUGCUGGACCUACUGGAGAACCUUCCUAACAGAGACUUUUUAGAAAACUGUAAUAAUUUACUACAUCACGACUGCACCUGCAACCCAGAAGAACCUCAUUUUAAUUCUGAAGAGGAACAGCAUGACAGAAAUGCUUUCCCAAUUAUUCACUACAAAAGCCCUACCUACCCUAACUGUGAUCUAGACUGGAAACCUUGCAUCCGAUGGCUGCCUUCACCUCGAUAUUCAGAUGCUCCUCUGCCUCAUAUAAAGGACGUUAAAUUCCCAGAACGAAUUAGACUUCAACGAUCAUAUCCAAAAAGCAGCCUCAAUGUUGGAACUGAAUGGAGUUUUUAUCCGAACGACGGAUGCCCAUUUACUUACCAUGUUGGCAAGAGAUGUAUCAUUGGUGGUGUUCACAGGAGCAGCCAAGCGGACUCGCAUGUUCACACACUUCCAAUGAACAUUGGAAAGAAGAAGAAAGUUUUCAAUCCUCGAAACGGAAUCCCCGAGGCUCAUCCUGGUGAUAAACCUUUCCGCACAGUAGAAUACAGUCCCGGUUUUCACAUGCUUGGAUCUACGAUGCCGGUGGUAAAUUUUAGGGAAUCCUAUAAAAUUAAAGCUGAUACAUUCAUUCCUCUUCAAAAAUUGCCCAAGAGACCACGUGUUCCAUACAAAGUCAUGAUCCACAAGCAAAACCUGGAAGAAGAGAAGAAAGAUGUGGAAGAACUGAAUAGAUGGAAACCAGUCAAGCGCUUCUUUCUCUUUGAAUUACCCCGAAAUGGACAAAAAUAAAGAUUUAAGCAAUCUGCUGCAAUGUGUGAGGUCCUCUUGUCACAGCUUAUUCAUCCAUUACAUCUGCUUCUUGUGUGAGACAUCAACCCUCAAGCUUGUGAAUUUUAGAAAGGAUAUGUAUAAAUCGCUUAUUUUGUUUUAUUUCUGCUGUGUCGUGUGAUGCAUCAUUUCCAUUUUGGGAGAAGUUUAGUGGUUAGAGCUAACGCCUUUCAGAAGGACAGGAGAAUCUCUGAAGUUAGAUUGCUUUCAUGGUCAUUUUUAGAGAUAAGCGAAGUUUUGGAAAAUUUGAUUUGGCUGCUUUGUGACAAAUUACUUCUCCAUAAAGUGCAUUUCUUUGUAAGUAAUGGCUGCAAGGACAGAAAGCAAUGAUUGUGCUGCCCCCCGUCAUUGUGAUCCUCAGAUGCCGCAGGGCCCGAGAUCGCUUCUUUCCUACUAAACCAUACACCUUCAUCGAGGGAACUCACUGUAGUGUGUUAAAAAUACUCAAAAAGCAUGCAUAGAACAAUACCUAAGGGUUAGUCAAGUGUGGGGGUGGGUGACGGUCUCACUAAUCUGAGGGCAUUGUGCUGUGGGCACAACAACCAAAAAAGCCAAAGAAACUUUUGAAGGAAACUGCUGCCCUAUAGUCCCCCUGGAAGAUCAAUCCAGAUGAUGUCUCUCAUAUAGCCAUAAAAAGCAAAUUUGCCUGAGUGCUGCUUUAUAAAUGGAUCUUCAAAGGAGUAGUUGUAACAUCAACCAUUUAUUGAUAGUGUAAAAGAAGGCAAUGUGUUUCGGGACUGGACUAUUCCCUACCUCAGGUCAAUAACUGACCUGAGAAAUAGGGAGGCAGGUUCAACCACAGAAUGGGCCCGGGCUGCAGGUAGGGAGGAGAAGUCGGCGGGGUAAGCAGCGUGGCACCUUUACCUGCCAGAAGUAGUGACGCAGUGGACAUGGCACAAAAGGGCAAAAAGCAGGUACAAAAACUGGCAUACAGCAGUCCUACAUUGACUCUCAAGCCUCCUACUGUUUCUCUGCUCCAGAGUAGGUGAACCUGUUUGAUUGACUUCUGGAGCAGAGACCGUUACAUAGGCACAGUCUACAAAAAGAUAUGGAGCGGUGUUUUUGGAUAAGGACAAAUAUUUUUUUCUGAUCUUGGACAACUCCAUCAAGUCUUGCACAAUACUUCAUAGUGUUUCUUUUCUUGAGCUUCUUACAUUGUGACUGAUAAAUGAAAGUUCUACGUGGAGACAGGUUGAGCAAUAAUCUCUCCAGUGAACUCUAUCCCAGUACUUCGGGGCAUUGUUUCAUAAACCUGCUCCUCAGAUAACUGGCUCCUCAUUUUGGGUUUUAUGCACAGAAUUGCCUGAGGUUUUUCAACGUUUUCAUCAUAGCCAUAAUUACUCAAGAAAUAAAUCUAUUGAAAAUUGAUAUUUUUUUCCAAGGUAAUAUAAUAGCCAGAAAUCCCUUGGUCUUAGACGGUGAAGUCAGAGUUAAAUGAAUCUGUUGAAGAUAGCGAGGUACAUUUAUUUCCAGUAAAUGCAAUACCGCGGCUGUGGGAGAGGACGGACCCCCCCCCCCCCCCCCCAGCCUGUGUUAGCUAAAGUAACAUAAAUUCAAUAUUUGUCUGGGUUAUGGUUUUAUUAAAGUUGAAACUGAAACUCUGCAAGCAAGCGGACGCAGGAAUCUAAUGACAGGCAUCAAAUCAGCUUGCUGUGGAUUUAUAGCAAAGUGGAUUGCAUUUUUUAUUUGGUUAAAUAAAUAUGAGUCCUGUUUCUUUUCAGAUAGAUAGAAUAUAUUACCUUUUAUGACCACACAAAGCCAAUGAGCACAGACCCUUUAUUGGGGCAAUCCUAGUUCCUAUGGGUCCAUAUUACGUACACAGGACUCAGAAUGGUUACUUCAUACACCUCCAUAAAAUGACUGGCAAUGACACAUACUGCAAACUGUUUCAAAUGUAAAUAAGCUCUUAUCUAGUGCCCCCUAUUGGAACGCUACCGUAUAAGUAAAAAACCCUCAAACAGCUAUUGAUGAUAAUUGUGAUUUAUUAAUCUAUUUAAUUAUCUUAUAGAAAAGAUUCUGGUUUUGGUUUAUAUCCAAAGUCAAGUCCCAAAGGGAUUGAUUUUAUACGGUAGUCACCCCAUAGGUGGCAGUAGAGAGUCAGGUUUUAUCCUUCCAGUUAAAGGGGUUAUGCCAUGAUUGAUGUAAAAUUGAAAAUCAGACAGCUAGCUCCAGCCCUGAGCAUUAUAUGGAUCCAGAGAUCAUCUCAUUCAUUGCCCCAAUUCAUUUGCCUGAUUAUCUUCAGCCUGGCAGCUCGGAAGUUCAAGAUUUAAACUCAGCAUGUGCGACCAGCUCAGUGAGAUGGACAAAAAAAUAAGGAAAAGAACAAACAGCAGGUGGCGCUAUACAGAUACAUUUUAUUGAAUAUCUCAAUAGGUAUCCUACAUUUUUAAUUACAUAUAAUUACAAAAAUAUUCAGAUCUGGCACUUUGAAAAAUGAAGAAUAGGUUUUGGGACACAAUCCAGAUUAUUUACACAUUCCCUAUUUUUCAGGAUACAAUUGCUAUAAGACUCCCUGUGUAGAGAUGAGUCAAUCAUUUGUUAGAAUCAAAAUUUGACCCAAAUUGUGAAAGGAUUCAGAUUUAGAAUUCAGAAUAAAAAUGUCUUCAUGUUCGGUUGGGUAGAACUGAGAGAGAGAAAAAAUUUCAAGGCAUUUAAAGCACUUUUGAUUUGUGUAGAAUCAGUUUGUACCCAAAUUAGUUUUUUUUUGCUAUAUCGGAUUAAUCGGACCACACCAAAUUUUCGGAACUUCACUCAUCUCUAUUCCUGUGCGAACUAGGCCAACUCCUUUCCCUCAGACCCACACUAAGGACCCAGAUGCCGUUUUUAUGGAUCUGCACAACAUAGGACCAUAGAACAACAAAGUGCAUGAAGCCUGAUGAACAUAAGGAAGAGUUAAAAGCUAAAAAAUAACGUACUAUCAUUUUUAAAAGUUGAUAGUAGAUGUCAUACCUCAUGCGCUACUAAACUAAAUAAUACCCAUUUAACAAAAAAAAUUGUAAUAAAAAACCUUAAAGGGGUUGUCCAGAAUUACUAAAACAUGUACCGGUGUGACAUUUUUGGAAGAUAGCGUGUUUUCCUAACUAUGUACAACCCCUACUAUACAGUGAGAGAAUAAGGAAAGUAUUAAUAUAGCCAGCCCAUGUAGAUUGUAAGCCCUCACGGGCAGGGCCCUCUCUCCUUUGUAACUCAUCUUGUUUAUGAUUAGUGCAAUUGUCUGUGUUAUGUAUG